AUGAAGUUCACCUCGGUCACCUCCCUGUUCCUAGCUCUCGCCAGCCAGGUCACGGCCUACCAUCCAGGCUUUGACGGGCUCCCGCCGCCCCUUGACUUCGACGAGGCCAUAGCCGAGCUCGGCGGGGACGUCAACGGGAGCAAGUUGGGUCGUCGGUACGAUAUCCGAUUGGGCUACUUCGACCAGCUAAUAGACCACUCCAACCCGUCGCUCGGGACCUUCAAGCAAAGGUAUUGGUGGGACACCACCUUUUACCAGGGCCCGGGCUCGCCCGUCAGCAUGUUCAGCAUGGGAGAGUCUACGGCUGAGCCGUAUCUAGCGUACCUCACAAACAGGAGCAUGGUUGGUAUGAUCGCACAGGCGGUUGGUGGCGCCACCAUCAUGCUCGAGCAUCGGUACUGGGGCGAAUCAUCGCCCUUCAGCGACCUGACGGUGCACAACUUGCAGUACCACACGCUGAACAACGCCAUCGCCGACCACACCUACUUCGCCCGCAACGUCAAGCUGCCCUUCGACCCCGAGGGCAAAAGCGCACCGUCCAAGGCGCCCUGGGUCAUGACCGGCGGCUCCUACGCGGGUGCCCUGUCGGCCUGGAUCGAACGCCUCGACCCGGGCACGUUCUGGGCCUACUACGCCAGCAGCCCUGUCGUCGAGGCCGUCGGCGACUUCUGGCGGUACUUCAGCCCCGUCCAGGAGGGGAUGCCGCGCAACUGCAGCGCCGACGUGCGGAAAGUCAUUGAGCACGUGGACAAGGUGCUGCUCACCGGCUCGCCUCAGGAGAAGCUGGCGAUCAAGACCAAGUUUGGCUUUGCCGACCUUGAGCACGACUCCGACUUCGGCUCUGCCAUCGCGAAUGCCAUCAAGUGGCAGCCGGUUGGCUUCAGCUCGGGGUACUCGAGCUUCUUUCGAUGGUGUGAUUACGUCGAGAACGCGCUCCCCUCCGUCUUUCCCGGUGCCUCCACACCGACAGCUGAGGGAGUUGGGCUGGAAAAAGCGCUGGAGGGCUAUGCCAAGUACACGAGGGACAUCAUGAUCCCUGGCUCGUGCGACCCCGCCAUCUACGGCGCGAACAACCCGGUCGCUUGCUACAACACCUUCAACCUCACCGACCCGAGCUUCACCGACCUCAGCCUUUCGGCUCCUAUCAACAGGGCCUGGUGGUGGAUGACGUGCAACGAGCCGUUCAAAUGGUGGCAGGGUGGCGCACCCCAGGGGGAGCCGACCAUCGUCUCCCGCCUCGUCGACACCAAGUAUUACGACGGGUACUGCGACCGCAUGUUCCCGCCCGAGGUCGUCGACGGCAGGACGUACAGGCACGGCAUCGCGCGGGGGCUCGACGUGGACGGGGUCAACCGCUUCACCGACGGCGGCUGGCUCUACACCAACUCGACGCGCCUGCUGCAGGUCAACAACGAGUUCGACCCCUGGCGCGAUGCCACCGCGUCUUCGGUCCACAGGCCGGGCGGCCCGCUCGAGUCGACAGACGAGCGACCCGUCCUGCUCGUGGUCGGGGGUGGGCACUGCAGCGACCUGGUUCGCCGCGAGAGCGAGGCCAACGCCGACCUCGAGAAGCAGCAGAUCCAGGCCGUCGCCAUCAUGAAGAAGUGGGUGCUGGAGUUUCCGGGCAAGAAGGCAUAGGCUCCGACGGCGGGGUGUUAUGAUAAUAUGAAUGUCAAUGUGCGAUAGACUAUGUUUUAAUAUGUAUUUCUGCCAUCUUGAAAAGCAC